UUGACGCAUGACACAACGACUGUUAGGUUCGGUUACCGUCUUCGCAGACUCCCUCAUUCUCUUCUUCUCAAAAUCCCAAUCAAAAUCCCAUCAUCACUUCACCCCGUAACUCUCUUGCUUCGUCUGCUCCAUCAUCCGAUUCCUACAGAAUCGAAUUGCAACGAAACCGUAGUUGAUUGGGUAUGAAAGAUAAGAAAUCCACGUCCAAGCUUCACCGCAUUUUAGUCACUUGUGCAGCUCAGGCAAGGGAAUACGGAGGUUGUGCUGCAGCAAAGGUUCCACAAGUUGAACGUGAUAUGUGCUUGAAGGAAUUUCUUGCAUUGAAGAGUUGCAUGCAACACGUGCUGCGAGGAAAAGCUUGAGUCUGGAGUGCGGUAUGCAGUUCUUCAGGCAGUAGUUAGAAGGCCACUGAAAGAAGUAUUCAUAAGUACUUACGAAUGAGCUGGGUUUAGGAUUACUUGCAGCAGUCCUUGCAAAAUCUCCUCUUACUAUUCAAAAGUCUAAAAUACCAAUUAACAAUAUGUCCGGAAAAGCAUCAAGCUCACAGCCUAGUAGUGGUUUGACUGGGUCUGGUGCUCUAUCACAUGUUUAUAUUCCAUAUCUUCCCCUAAGAUGCAACACACCUGGAUCUAGGGGUUUAUUUUAUGAUGAUGGAAAUAAGUUGCUACUUUCCCCAACAUCAGAUCAGGUCUUUUGUUGGAAAACUGUUCCUUUUGAUCCGAUGGUUGCUCCUACCUCUGAUUCACUUACUGAAGGGCCCGUCGUAUCUAUUCGAUAUUCCUUAGACUCAAAGUUUAUAGCUGUCCAACGAUCUGAUCAAUAGAUACAAUUUUGGGGUAGAGGAAAUGGAGAAACAUUUAGUCAGAGGUGCAAGUCUGAGUCAGAGAGUAUACUGGGGUUCUUUUGGACAGAUUGUCCAUUGUGUGAUAUUGUUUUUGUAAAGACCAGUGGGCUGGACUUAUAUGCUUACAAUUCGGAGUUAAAGUCACUUCAAUUGGUCGAGACAAGAAAAUUGAAUGUCAGUUGGUAUGUUUAUACACAUGAAAGUCGCCUGGUUCUUCUUGCUUCUGGAAUGCAGUGCAAAACCUUUACCGGUUUUCAGCUUUCAUCGGCAGGGAUUAUUCGUUUGCCAAAGUUUGAGAUGGCAAUGGCUAAAUCCGAGGCUAACAAUAAGCCCGUCCUAGCUGCUGAAGAUAUUUUCAUCGUCACUGUCUAUGGAAGAAUAUAUUGCCUGCAAGUCGAUAGGAUUGCAAUGCUCCUCCAUUCUUAUAGGUUUUACCGCGAUGUAGUGGUACAACAGGGUUCCUUGCCUAUAUAUUCAAGCAAGGUUGCUGCGAGUGUGGUUGAUAAUGUACUGCUUGUGCAUCAAAUUGAUGCGAAGGUGGUUAUCCUGUAUGAUAUAUAUGCUGAUUCUCGAGCACCCAUAUCUGCACCACUUCCUCUACUAUUUCGGGGUUUCCCCAGGUCCAAUUCUUCUUCGCUGCGAUCAAAUAGGGAAGAUAAUGAAACUUCAGAAGUGAUUGCUGUUAGUGAUCAUGAAGCAAUUAUUUAUGGAGAUGACUGGACAUUUCUUGUCCCUGACCUCAUAUUUUCUGUUUCUAAUAAACUCUUGUGGAAGAUCCAUUUGGAUCUUGAGGCAAUUUCUGCCAGUAGCUCAGAAGUACCAUCAGUUCUAGAAUUCUUGCAGCGACGAAAGUUGGAGGCGAAUAAGGCUAAGCAGUUGUGCUUGUCAAUAGCAAGGACUGUUAUUCUUGAACGGAGACCUGUGGCCGCAGUUGCUAGGACAAUAGAUGUUUUAGUUUCCUCGUAUUCUCAUUCUAGUAAGACAGGAAAUUAUGUAAAGGGAACCAAAGCUGGAAGAACAUUACCUUCUGGCAAAGCACACACAACUGCUUCUAAUUUAACUGCUGAUGCAUCUGCCAGUAGAAUAGAUUCUACUGGAAAACCCAUCAAGUAUGAAUCUUCUGCUGGAGUGGACAGUGAAUCGCCUAAUAGAUUUCUAACCUUUUCAAAUUCGGACUCUGAGGAGGAGGCUAGCUUUCAAAUCUUCGAUAGUAAAAUGGACAGAGGGAAGUUAACCAGUGCUGAAACUUCUGUAUCUGAAGUUCGGUCUUCAUUGAAUGCUAAUCUUUCUGAGCAGCAAGAGUCUCAACUUACCUCUCCAGCAAUUUCACCAGAUGAAAUAUUCAGUUUUGUGUUUGCUCCUGUAGAUGAAGAGAUGGUGGGAGAACCCUCUUACUUGGUUGCUAUAAUUGUUGAGUUUCUUCGCAGUGCUAAUAUGGAAAAGGUUGAAGUCUGUCCUAAUCUCCAUGUCCUCACCAUCCAAUUGCUAUCUCGCAGUGAGCGAUAUGCAGAGCUUGGGCUGUUUGUCUUAAACAAGAUUCUUGAACCUUCUAAAGAAGUAGCAAUGCAACUCCUAGAGUCUGGCCGUCAGAAUUCCAGGACGAGAAAACUGGGCUUGGAUAUGCUAAGGCAGCUCUCUUUACAUGAGGACUAUGUACUGGUGCUGGUGAAAGAAGGGUAUUACCUUGAAGCAUUACGCUAUGCACGUAAAUAUAAGGUCAAUACCGUCAGAGCUUCAUUGUUUCUUGAGGCAGCAUUUAACUCCAGUGAUUCACAACAUUUAGCUGCAGUCCUUAGAUUCUUUACAGACUUCAUUCCUGGCUUCAGAGACACAUCAGAUCACAACACUUACUACCGCAUCCUAAGUGAGUUGAACUCAUCUAUCGCCGCUUAAAGUUUCUUGUAACAAGUUAUUAGGACAGUAGAAUUGUACCGAAUAAGGUGUGUAAAAUUAAACCACGAAUCUGAAAAGGAAAUACAGAUACAGGUGCAUGCCUUUGAUUACUUGCUUUCUUUUUUGUUUUGCCGGGCCUGUUUAAGAACAUGCAACAUGUUGGCUGGUCUCAAAUAUUUCUACUUGCAUUUUGGUUGUAACAUGUGUAGUUACUAGGGGGUGCUAUGUUCAUCAUGCUUGCUUACAAGAAAGUUAAUAUGUAACUCGUGUUCACUCA